CAAAAUGGCGGUCGGCCGAUCAAGGUUAUCGUUCUUAGCUUAUUUUUUACUAGUUUCAUUUUCCACCAUCGUAGAAGCACAAAAUGAGGACAGCGAUUUAGUCAAAGAGAAGGAAGCUGCCGAGAAAGAGAAGAAAUACAGUGAGAUCGACACGGCAUUCCUGCUUGUCAUGAUGUUUUUGUUGAUUAUCACCGUGUUAACUGUAUGGUUGUUUAAAGUAAAGCGUUUCCGCUUUCUGCACGAGACGGGAGUUUGUAUGAUAUACGGUAUGAUAAUUGGUCUUCUCAUAAAAUAUUUAAGUAGAAAUAAGAGAGUGGAAGUUACUUACCCAAACUGUACCAUAAGUACUGCAAGAAAGAAGCUGUAUAUUAGCACUUCAAAUGGUUCACAGUAUUCAUAUACAUUGUCUGGAGCAGUGCAGAAUUCUGGUCAAGAAAGUGAACUGGAGCAGAUGGCUGUUUUUGAUCCUGAAAUAUUUUUCUAUGUUCUACUGCCACCAAUUAUUUUCUAUGCUGGAUAUGACAUGAAAAAGCGCUUUUUCUUCCGGAACAUUGGUGCCAUCCUUACAUACGCAUUUGUUGGAACAACUGUCUCGUGCAUGGUGUUUGGGGGGACAAUGUAUGCCUACACAAAGUUCGAUUCUCGUCAUGUACCCAAAGAAUUUGGUUUCCUGGAAUGCCUCUUAUUUGGAGCUCUGAUAUCAGCCACAGAUCCAGUUACAGUGCUGGCCAUUUUUCAUGACCUGCAUGUGGAUGUGGAUCUGUAUGCUUUGGUAUUUGGUGAAAGUGUCAUGAAUGAUGCUGUGGCAAUUGUUCUCUUCAGAUCUGUAGAGACGUAUCUGUUGGACAACGCAGGCACUGGAUUUCAAGUUGAUAAGUUCUUUGAGUCAGUGGGUGUUUUCAUUGGUGUUUUCUCGGGUUCUUUCUUUCUCGGUUUUGCUAUGGGUCUUGUUACUGCUCUUGUGACAAAACUCACCAAAAUCUCAGACUUUCCUCUCUUAGAGACGGCUUUGUUCUUCCUACUGUCAUGGACCACAUUUCUCAUGGCAGAGGCAGCCAAUCUAACAGGCAUUGUUGCAGUUCUUUUCUGCGGAAUUUCUCAAGCUCAUUACACAUAUAACAAUUUGUCAGAGGAGUCAAAACAGAACACAAAACAGACGUUUGCACUCUUAAAUUUUCUAGCGGAGAGUUUUAUAUUUUCAUACAUGGGGUUAUCUCUCUUCACCUUUCAACAUCACCAGUGGAAGAUUGGAUUUAUAUCAUGGACAUUUGUUGCCAUGACUUUAGGAAGGCUUUUAAACGUUUAUCCAUUGUCGUUUUUACUUAAUUUGGGAAGGCACAGGAAGAUUAGUUACCAAUUUCAGCAUAUGAUGAUGUUUGCAGGUUUGCGAGGUGCCGUUGCAUUCGCUUUGGCCAUGCGCAACACGGAAUCAGUUUCUCGUCAGAUGAUGUUGACGUCAGUACUAAUUGUGGUUUUAAUAACUGUUAUUAUCAAUGGAGGUGCUACCAUGUCGGUACUCUCUUUUCUGAGGAUAAGGGUUGGCGUAGAUCCUGAAGAAGAAGAUAAGCGGUCUACCUAUGUUUCGGUCAGCACUGAAGCCGACGACAAUCUCAGAUCUGCGCAGUCUCAUUACGAAAGAGCUUGGAUCUUUAGAAAGUGGUACGACUUUGAUGUCAAGUAUAUGAAACCUAUUUUUACCAACUAUGGCCAGCCUCUGACAGAGACUUUACCGGGAUGGUGCGCUCCUCUUGCAAGAUUCCUCUCAAGAUCGCGGCCUGAUGCAAAGGCAGAAACCGUGGUAACAGAUAGCGACGAAGACAUGCUGAAUAUAAAUGGAGAACUGAGUUUUACCAGCGAAGUUAUGGUCAGACCCGCCAGCGGCAGUGUGAACAGUGGUGAGCCGCCUGAUCAGAUAUUGGAAGGAGACCUUGGAUUAGGUGCUGUGCAAAUGACAAGCAGAGCAUGAAUCAUUUUUAUUAAACCAAAGGUUCCUGUAAGUAUUUAACUACCAUAACGACAGCCAAGAUCCAGCCUCAGAUAAGCGCUUAUCUGUUAGUUCAGAAGUUAAAAUUAAACCUUCUCGCCCUGGUGAAAUAGGAUCACGUCUAGGAGAAAAAAAAUAGUUUUUUCCUUCAAUUAAAAGUGGAAUUGCUUCUGGCAUUGUCAGGUAUGGAGGCCUCGGUUAUUCAGCUACUUCAUGCACCCUAUGAAAAUUUCGGGAACCUAUAUCGUGCAUCUCAGAUUCUAACUCUAGCCUCCUAUGUAGUCGUCAAGGGAGUCGUCACACUUCUCAGUUACAAGCAAACUCUCUUUUUUUUAAUCAUGCAUUUCGUAUCGAUUUCUAGUUUCUUGGUCUGGUCAGGUAGUUGUCACAGGAUGUCGACUUAAAGGAGAGCUUAAAAACUGUCUCUUUUACAGUGAAAAGCGCUGAUUGUAAGCUAACUGUCUUUAAUUGUUAAAUUGUAAGUAGUAAGAGUGUUUGGGAUACGUGCUUUGGCCAAUUAAGGUCAAUUUAUUGGUUCGGUCUUAUGUAGUCUUGUAGAAGUUUAAAGUAUUUCGCUCCUCGUGAUUGGUGUUUUACUGUCAUUGACUUUUUUACACUCUGAUUGCAAUUUUUCUACCCGUUUAAUGAAUGUACAAUUUUGAAAUAGUCUUUCCCCUCGUAACACUAUAUUCGAGAGGAAUAAUUUCUUGAUGGUUUCAAACAUGUUAAGUUCGAAGCCGUAUGAGAACUGGAAUUUUUUGCAAAGUUAGUUUGCUAAUCUGCUAUAACUAGAUUUAAUUUCAAUUAUAUUGAUGAAUAGUUAAUUUUUGAAAUUCACAAAAAUUACUUAAAAAGGCGAUAUUCGUUAUAUGAGGCACACUUCAAGUUUAAAUGGAAAAUGAUUACUGGACAUUCUGUUUUAACCGAUGGACGUGAGCCGACAAAAUUAGGAUAGGCUCAUAGAGUCUUAUUUUACUGAUUGUUCUUGUUGAGAUUAGUUUGUCAAUUUUCUUCUGACUCAUGCCUAAAGCUAUUACACGUAAGUAGUUUUCCUUAUAAUAAGUAUUACUCCUUAAACUUUGUAAGCUUUUCAUUUCAAAUUUUCUACCUGUUCGUAGUGUAAUCGGUCACAGGUGUUUUCCUUCAAAUAAAGCGAUUUUUUUUUUCUAGUCAAUAUACAGGAAAUUGUACUUGAAAGGUUUUGAGUAAGUCAGUUAAUGCAAAUUUAACAUAUUUUAAAGAAACUCGUAUCUUCUUCACUUUGCCUUCGUCAAGUUAAAAAUAAGAAGAUUUUGUCUAAGCCACCGAGAAUUUGUAAGAAGAAUUUUAUCUAGCGAAAAUGAACUUUAAUAAAAUAAAGAUUAAUAGUU